AUGAGCAUGGGCCGACCACCACGGAAAGGCGAAAACUAUGAGCUCAGCGUGGAUCUCAAUAGCGAGUACCACAAUAAACGACAAGAUGCGAUCAAGCAUGUCAUAGUAUCUAUGACCGUUGGCAAAGGUGCUACACUUUCUCGCUUGAUCUGCUCAACAUGCUUAACGCAUCCUUAUAGACAAGAAGCUCGUGCACUCGUACACGCACUGGCAAUUAGAACUAUGGGGUGUCUGCGUGCAGAGAAGAUUAUAGACUACCUCUGCGACCCUCUUCAACGCGCCUUGCAAGAUGACAACCCAUAUGUUCGAAAGGCUAUUGCACUCUGGUUGCAAAGCUGUAUGAUCUCAAGCCCGAGCUUGUCAUCUUUGUGGUGGGUGCUCAGCCAAUCUUUUCUCGUAGCAUCCUUCAGCAUCACUAUCAACACCACCGUCCCCGGAGUAUAUGCGACUAGCACGAUCCCAGGUGUUUCAGGGUGCUACCGGAGUUCGAGCAGUUACCAGCUCUUCAUACCAUUUAUUCUCUUUUCUGUGUUCGAACUGGGUGCCAUACAAAAGUCGGUGAGGGGCGCCUCCCCUCCUCCAGAACGUCAAGGAUGGUCUCACGCUCUGGUGGCGAUGCACCGCUCGCCCAAAGCAUGUCCGCCGACUGCGCCGCCUUCUUAUAGUAGUGUUGCUUCUGCACCACCACCCACAAGGGCGCAUCUUUGGUUCCGGUCCACGGAUUCACGGUCCGCAAGCCAUGGACGAAAUGGGUUCCUCCAACGCGCUCCGGCUUAUACUGCGGACAAACAUCCAGAAGAUUGA